AUGGAACUCUAUCAGAUUAAUCCAAGUGCGAUGGGUAGACAAUCUGCUUGGAUGGGAUCCAGAAGACUUCUCAAACGUUCACGGAAAUUAUGCUUCCAUACGAUAACCUUUGAUUCCGCGACACUGGGGCAGCUUUAUAAUUCGUUGGUAAUGGACGACCAGGACACAAGACGUCUCCUGAACGCCAAGUUGACAACCCGCGGAAAGGAAAAGGGCGCACUUGUUGAAUUACUCUAUCCCACCAUCUACAAGCUCAGCUGUUUGUUAGACCUGAGGCAGGUUCUUCCCAUUCGAUGUACAGUUGGACAUUUGACAAUACACUCAUCGAUUAUUUUGCGCAUAACGAGAGCCAUGCAAUCGGUACCUACCAACUGCAUUGAUAACGAAGGAUGGAGCGUACUGAAGACUAGCGUGGAACGACAAGUAAAUCACUAUGAUUGCUGCCCGAACAACUACACACUCCUGGUAUUCCAUCUGAACAUACAACGGAAGCCGCUUCUAUUACGUCAUCAACCUUAUUACCCCUACUUCGAUCAUAACACUGAUCUCAAUUGUUGGAUUCUUCAGUUCGUCGUCGAUCAAUGA